AAGCCAGUCUGAUGGCACGACAGCCGGCUCCUCUGGUCCCACCGAAACCAGUAAGUUAUUUUCCUGUGCGCACUGGGAGCUGGGAGCCGCUCUGAGGCUACUUUUAUCACCGUGCGGCCUUUCUUAACUCCAUCCUGCGUGUUUAUCCUGCAAGGUCACAGUCGGAUCUCCUACAGAGGGGACAGCUGCAUGAGUCCAUGUUGUUUCUGUCGCAGAUGCACGGCUGCCCGCUGCUCUCCUGCCUCACACGGACCUGGUCGUGUGCAGUGAAGCAGAGCUGAUCUUAUGGCAGACAUCAGCCCUCCCCGUACCAUCGCCCAUCUGAUCCACUGUGCGAGAGAAUAACGACGAGAGAGAAGUGAGAUGAGAACCCAACAACGACCAUCGCUGCUCGCCUUCUCGGCACUCCUGCUCUGCACAUUACACCACACAGCUGGGUCUCAUCGCAGCAGCAGCUCAUCCUCCUCCUCCCCAUCAUCAUCAUCAUCAUCAGAGGAGGCACGCAGGGAUAAUGUGGCCCCAAACUGGCUCAGACAGAACAACAUCAGCUCCAGCUAUGGCAACCACAGCCAUGAAAGUAGGCCAAAGCUUAAAGAGGGAACGGGCCAUGCGAGCAGCUUCAACACCAGCAGAGGCAAUAACACUACUGUGAUGUCUGAGAGGACCGGCAGGGCACCGAGCUGGAGCCCGGAGGAAGGGCCGUCCCCGGUGUGCGCCUACCGGGUGAUCGAGGGAGGAAUCGGGGGGCAGCUGUGCUUUCGACACACGCUGUUUGGGUACAAGUGUCACAAGGCGGACUGCAGGACAGCGGUGUCUUUGGGGAGUCUGGUGGCGAAUAUUCUCAUCAACGGCAGCGUACUUUUACAGUGGACCCACGAGGGAGAAUCCACGGCGGCGGAAGAUGGAAAGACUAAAGCUACUCGGACGAAUUCCACUAACGAGGAAACUCUCCGAUCGAACACCGUUUUCGGCGGCCGGCGCCACAGACGAGGAGGCUACGAGCUGAGCUGCUGGUGGAACGGCAGCUACACUCAGUUUGAAUGCGCCGGUGUCCAUCUUGGGUCGGGCUGCAGGGACUUUCUGCUGGCCGAGCUGCAUGAGAACAUCCCCUACCGCAUCUGCCUGCGCUCCCUGGGCCGCUCCGAGCCGGCAAAGAGAGCGGAGCAGCAGCAGCGGGAGUGUGUGGAGUUCACGCUGCCGCCGUCCGGGAUGCAGGACAUCGUGAUCGCCAUGACAACGGUGGGGGGAGCCAUCUGCGUGAUGCUGGUCAUCAUUUGUUUGCUGGUGGCGUAUAUCACUGAGAACAUCAUGAGCCCCACGACGCAGCACGCUUACUCCUACCGCACUCACUCCCGCCACUGAUGCACUGCUCAACACAUUUAACACACCACGGCCAUAUCUAAUCCCACACUCAUCAGGCAGUUUGUGUUGUUUUUCAGUAAGAUAAACCCAUCCUGUUAAACUGAAGCACAAUCUACUGUGGCUCUGCAAAUAACAUGCCUUGUAAACCCCUGCGAGGGUGCACUGAACCAAACUUACUGAUUUCAUAAAUGCAGUAGUUUACUGUGUUAUUUCUUUUGUUCGAGGUUGUCUGUGAUUGAAUCUGUCAAUCUGUAACCAGGCAGCGUUUCCUACAGCAAUACAAAUAAUGAAAUGGCUUUGGGUACAUCAGAACAAACACAGUUUUGCUAAACUUGCAACCAGGAAAAUAAUAGUUUACUGAAUUACAUUUUUUCCACUUUAUUAAAUCAUCCCACCUCUAGUUUUGCUUUUAAAGUCUGCAUACAGUGUGUCUGUACCAUUUUGUGAAGGGCAAUACAAUCUGGUGUACAAUCUCCAAAUACUGUGCCAAACAUCUUGACUUAGAAUGCCUUUAUGUCCUGCUGUCAGUGAAUAAAGUACCAUGAAGUCAUUUUUAAUACUUUA